CAGGGCAAGGUGGCGUGUCACAAUCUUCACUCUCUCAUCUCUGCUGCUGAAUUGAUUCAAUAAAAAGCUACUGCCCUUUUCCUUCUGCAACGUCUUCUUCAUUCUCACUUUUUUCAACAAACUAUUCUUCUUUUCUUCUCUCAUUUUCUCCACAAACCUAAAGAUGCUCUCCAGAGUGAAUGGUGUGGUUUGGAUGGAAGAUAAAGGAGACGAAGAUUCAGCUACUUGGACCAGAAACAACACCAACACUAACACCAACACUAACAAUAACAACCAUACUAAUAAUAACAGUGUUGUGCUAGAGAAUCAAGUGGAAGAGAUGGCUUCACUCUCUGGAUUCAAAUCUAUGCUUGAAGUGGAAGAUGAUUGGUAUGUUACUGGUAAUACUAGUUUGCAUAACCAUCAAGAUAUUACAUUUUCACCCCCAAAUCUCGGUGACCCAGCAACGGAUAAUCUACUACUCAACGCAGUGGAUUCUUCCUCUUCUUGUUCACCAUCUUCUUCUGUUUUCAACAAUCUUGAUGCGUCUCAGGUACACUACUUUAUGCCACCCAAAAAUACUUUGUCUUCGUUCCUUAAUGUUGUGUCUAACAACCCUCUAGAGCAUGGUUUUGAUUUGGGUGAAAUGGGGUUUCUUGAGACACAAGCAAGUCAUGGUUUGAACAGAGAUGGUGGUGGGAUUUUGAGUAGUUUUAAUGAUUUGAGCUCCAAUAAUCCGAUGAAUGCUCCAAAUUUAUGUUCUGAACAGCAAUUUGGAGCGACUCGUAUGCUUCAGUUGCCGGAUAACACUAAUAGUUUUGUGGGUUUUCGUGGGUUUGAUGAGAAUAGUGGAAAUUCUCUGUUUUUUAAUAGGUCUAAAUUGUUAAGGCCACUCGAAAAUUUACCUCCAAUGGGAGCACCACCUACUCUUUUUCAAAAAAGAGCUGCUAGGAAGAAUUUAGCUGAUAAUGGGACCAAUCUGGGGGUUUUAGGUGCACAAGGUAGCCAAAUUUUGAGUGGAAUUGAUAAUGAUAAAGGGAAGAAAGAAAUGAGUGAAGAAAAUGAGAGAAAGAGGAAAUUUAGUAUAAGUGAUGAUGUGGAAGACGUGAGCAUUGAUGGCUCGGGUUUGAAUUAUGACUCUGAUGAGUUUAUUGAGAAUAACAAGGGGGAAGAAAUUGGCAAAAAUGGUGGGAGUAGCUCGAAUGCAAAUAGCACAGUUACUGGUGGAGACCAGAAGGGCAAGAAGAAGGGUUUGCCAGCUAAGAAUUUGAUGGCGGAGAGGCGACGGAGGAAGAAGCUCAAUGAUAGACUGUACAUGUUGCGCUCUGUUGUUCCAAAAAUCAGCAAAAUGGACAGGGCUUCAAUUCUUGGGGAUGCAAUUGAGUACUUGAAGGAACUUCUUCAGAGGAUCAAUGACCUCCACAAUGAAUUAGAGUCAACCCCUCCCGGCUCAGCAUUGACAUCAACCACAACCUUCCACCCUUUAACACCCACUCCACCUACCUUGCAUAGUCGUAUCAAGGAUGAGCUUUGCCCCAGCUCAUUGCCUAGCCCAAAUGGCCAACCUGCAAGGGUUGAAGUUAGGGCAAGAGAAGGAAGAGCUGUAAAUAUUCACAUGUUUUGUGGGCGCAGACCAGGUCUUUUGCUGUCCACAAUGAGAGCAUUGGAUAAUCUUGGACUAGACAUCCUGCAAGCUGUCAUCAGUUGUUUCAAUGGUUUUGCCAUGGAUAUUUUCCGAGCUGAGCAAUGCAAGGAAGGCCAGGAUGUCCACCCUGAGCAAAUCAAAGCAGUACUUCUGGAGUCAGCUGGCUUUCAUGGCAUGAUGUAGAUUUCUUCAACAGCCAUCUGAAAGCAAGGAUUGUGAUCUGCAGCUUCUCUUCUCAUGGGGAAAACUAAAGCAAUUGUAAUCUGUUUCUUUGUUUAUCGGCUGCCCACAACCAGUCAACUUUAAAGUUUAAAGUAGUCGGUGGCCUUUUAAACUUUGUAGAUCAGCAUGCACUUGGUGGUAACUGCACCAUUAAUUAAGCUUUUAGAGAAUUAAAACAUCUGUGGUUCCUCAUCGUUUCUGCUUUUUAAUAAAUUUUUCUUUUCGAACGUAAUUACUUAAA